GAGAAUCAGAACACUGUUGUGGUGUGGUGGGAAUGGUCUUAUCGUUUAUUAGUUCUAUAUUACUAAUAAGAAGCGAAUGGAAUUAAAGAUGCAAGGUUGGUUGUCAUCAAGUAUGUUAUAAAAACUGUAUUGAUAUUCAGGCUAGUGUGCGGAUGAAGUGCAACCAUACUCAUACUGUGGAGUUUUUUAUUUGCACUGAUGAUACCUCAAAAAUUCCCUCAAAUUUGUACGGAAAAUCGCAAGGAAAAUAAGUGCACAGUAUCACAGUCAUUGAAAAGCUAUUCAAAAAAAGUUGCAUCAUUCAACUACAUCCAGCAAAAAACAUAAACUUACUAGCUGUCCUAUAGUAAAUAGCCGUCUGUAUCACAUGGUAUGUUCGAAGAAAGAUUAACCAGUUUACUACAAAGUUUACCAGCUCACUACCUUUGCACACCAAACCAGGGAGAAUGCCUCCCACCAACAUGCAGGGGCAGGCCCAACAACAAGGCGCAAGGGGCAACAACAACAACACACCCCUUGUGAAUGUUCGUGACCGUCUGUUUCACGCGCUCUUCUUUAAAAUCGCCAUCACUUAUGCACGUGCCUUUCCGCCAGCGGCUCGACGUGUUUUUGAAUUCGCAAUUCUUAUUAAGGCUUUGUCAGUACUAUUUGUUUUGGCUUACAUUCAUUGCGCUUUUUCACGGACGCCCAUCAACUGCCUCGUAGAAAUCCAAGAAAAGUGGCCGAGGGAUGGCAUACUGCGAGUGGAGAUAUAUAGAAACCGUACCGGACCAAAGUACUUCACGCUGGUCAGUAAAAAAGAACAAGAAGAUGAACAUCCAACAGUCUUUGAGACCUCAAAUAGUUCCAACUCAACGUCGUGGCCAAUGAAUUACUGGGAAUUCCCAGGCCGAGAAAAGACUAAAGAGGUAGAGUCAAAUAUCACCAUUAUACUGGAUGACAAAACAGGGGACAAUAUGACCGUAUGGUAUACUCAAGUAGAGAAGCCAGUUAAGAACAUGCAGCCCUUUCGGGAGACAGUGUCAGAGAUGGAAAUGUUUACAAAUGUUGUAUGGCCAUCCGAUGAAUAUAUUAUGGAAUAUUCCUUAGAGUAUGGAUUCCUGCGUCUGUCUGCUGCCACCAGGGAACGACUCAGCAUUCCAAUUAUGAUUGUCCACCUAGAUCCUUUACAAGAUGAAUGUUUUGGGGACAGCCUGAGCCGAUUCUUUUUGGAGGAUUUUCUCGGAUAUGAUGACAUCCUCAUGUCAAGUGUCAAAAGCCUGGCUGAGUAUGAGGACAACAAAGGUUAUCUGCGUAACGUGGUGACUGGAGAACAUUAUCGUUUUGUGAGCAUGUGGAUGGCAAGAUCCUCGUACAUUGCCGCUGCCUUCAUCAUGCUCAUUUUCACCAUCUCAAUAUCCAUGCUCCUUCGUUAUUCCCAUCAUCAAAUUUUUGUUUUCAUUGUUGACUUGUUACAAAUGCUAGAGAUGAAUACUGCAGUGGCCUUUCCGGCAGCACCACUACUUACUGUUAUACUAGCCCUAGUUGGAAUGGAAGCAAUCAUGUCCGAGUUUUUCAACGACACUACUACGGCGUUCUACAUCAUCCUCAUAGUAUGGGUUGCUGAUCAGUACGAUGCUAUAUGCUGCCACACAAGUGUUAGCAAAAAAUUCUGGCUUAGGUUUUUCUAUUUGUAUCAUUUUGCAUUUUAUGCAUAUCAUUACCGUUUUAAUGGACAGUAUAGUGUUCUAGCGCUCAUCACUUCUUGGCUAUUUAUUCAGCACUCUAUGGUGUACUUCUUUCAUCACUACGAGCUACCUGCAAUUUUGCAACAAGCACGUGUUCAGCUGUUGUUGCAGCGAAACCAACAUGGGGGCCUUAGCCUGAACGUGAAUCUUAACAACGAAAAUCAAGGUAAUGCACCUGCAGGAGGCCCAGAUGCCAAUCAAAACCAGAUGGAUGCCAAUCAAAACAACCCUGUUGCCCCCACUGCUGAUGCUCCUGCUGGAAAUCCAGAAGGCAAUGCGCCGGGGAAUCCCGGAGGUUCACAGGCCGGACAAGCACCUAGGCAACAACCCCGCACCAUAAUGCAAAUACCGAUGGGGGUCAUCAACAAUCUUCAUCUGAGGAACACGUUUUCUGCCCUUACUGGACAACCUCAGAGGCAUAUUCAUAUUAAUAUACACCACCCAAUGUCAAACCGGCAAAACAUGCCCCAGGCCCAGAUAGAUUCCACCCAGGCCAGCGUAGAAACAACAUCAACAGCACCAGCAGAUAGUAACACCCACGAGGGUGCCUCUGUGUCGGACACACCUAAAGAGCAGACUAUUAAUGAGCCUUCUCAGAACUCUCAAUCUAAUCAACUUGACACAAAUUUAGAACAGUCUGACAAUCAAGUACUUGGUUCCAAACCUGAACAAAGUAUAGCUAGUAAUCAUAGUAGUAUAUCCAAUUUUACAUCUGGUGAAUCCAGUCAAAGACCAUUAGAUUUAGAAAAUUCAGAAGGUUUUAACAAAGAGAUUACAGACUCUGGUGAGGAGGUUGCCAAUGCUGGAACACCGAUUUAGCAAGAGCUGCUGCAGAAUUUGUGCAAAAUAGUUGGUCAUACGUGUGGAAAAUGUGAAAAUUGCAGCAAUGUUGGCACUGGAAGAAGAUCGCAGAUGUUGGAUGAAUACUGUGAUCCACGAGUUAACAUCAUGAUAAAUGUUGGCCUUGCUUUCAUCCUUCUGUGGUUUUGAAAGUGGAAACAUCCUGAUCAUUUUCCAAUUAGCUACGAUGCAAUGUGAAUCAACUGUCAGCUUGGACAGAGAGCAACUUUUGAAUGUCAAAGGUUAAAGGUCUUAAGAGCAGUUCACUAAUAUGCCAUUCAGGUCAAAGGAUUUAUCUGAUAAACUCUGUUGGAGGGUCUCAUUCCAUUCAUACAAGAAUGGGAUUUUAUUUAAAUACAUUUUUUUUAGUAUAAUUGAUUGUGAUCUUAUAUUUGAUUUUAAAGUGGAAAGCUUGUAUUUAAAAUUUCCCUGCUAAAUCGCUGCUUUAUCCAUGCAAAUGAAAAAAAAAACUCUUAUUGUUGAUAAUAUUUGUAUUCCUUCUCAAGAAUGAGUGGGGGGGGGGAUGGGUAAGGUAAAGGUAGUCUAAUAUUCAUUACUGGAUAUAGAGGAAUAAACUGUUGGCCCAUCGUACUAAGCCUCGGCAUUGUGUGGUAGGGUAGCCAGUUCCUUUCCACACCACCUUUUUAACCUUCCAGGUAUAUUUCAACCAGGUACUCAUUUGUACUCUUGGGUGGAGAGAGUCAAACGCAGGUAAAGUGCAUUGUCUAAGGACACAAGCGAAAUGCACAGCGAAGGUUCGAACCCCCAACUUUGAACUUGAGAAACCAAAAUACAUCAGCUGUGCCAAGCAUCAAUCAAGAACCUAUUGAAUCUUGAACACAUGUCACUGUGGCCUUCAAUAUACAUGUGCUAAAGUGCACCCACUGUAUUACGAUAGCGCAACAACCUCUAGGCCUGCAUUGCAGUAUUGCAAAAAUGUGUCAUCUUUAUUGGUACAACACUAAUAAAUUGUACGCAUGUGAUUUUCCCACCUGUGGUUUAAGAAUUGUAUUAAAAUAGUUUAGGAUACUGUACGAACAAAAUGAGGGCAUGCCAUCCCAAAACCAGCAUAUUGUCACCAUAAUAUGGGAAACUGAGUAAUAAGCAUAAGAAUUUGGCAGUAUUGUAUACUUUAGUACAGAGAAGCUGUAAUACUCAUAACUUUAGCGAAAGUAAGACAAUUUUUAGUAAAUGACCUGUCAUUGUAAAUCUAAUAUCGUGAAUAUGAAUAAAUGAAGUCAAAUUUUCAUUUUUUGGCAAUUGGUGCUGGUUUUAGGAUGGCACACAUACACACAAUGGGACCUCUCCCUUGGGGUGGGGGGGGGUAAAAACUUCAUAUUUGUUUGAAGUGGGUUUCAUUAGUACAAGUGCAAUGAAAUAUGGUUCUGUUAAUUAAAUACUUGACGUUAACUAGAUUACAUGAGUAUCAGUUGGCUUUUUAUAUUUAAAGAUGUAGUGCCCAAUGCGAAAUUCCUUUAAAUAAAUAACAAGUAUUAAAUUUAAUUGCUUAAAUUCAAUGUAGUGUACAAUAAUGGCUGGUCAGGGGAAAUGUUAUUUCAGGAAAAAAAAAGUUUUAUGGUGGAAUUAAAAAUGAAAUUUACUUUCCAUUAUUCUGUAGUCUUAGACAAUUCACAUUUGAAGGCAUCAAUUUAAUUUAUAAAUAAAUUGAUACGGUAAAAGUUAAUUUCCCAGUUUUAAAAGGUGGAAAGAAAAAUAUAUUUUAUUACAUUUACCUCUGAACAUACAUAUUGUACUAAUUUAACCAAUGAGUGCAAAUGACUUGUUUUCAAAAGUAUUAUUACCUAUACAGUAUAGUAUAUAUGCAGGUAAACAUUUUGGUAGUACUGUUUUUAAGAAGGAAAAAAGACCAUUGUCUCUGUCCUGAUUUGAACCAUAUACAUGGUACUGUUGGGGUCAUGGUAGAAGUGUCCUUGUCUCAGCACUGGGUAACGCCAAUUCUACAAGGUAUACUUGCGUCACCAUUGUCAUUAUGCCUAGAUUAGACCACAGCAGGUCCUUUCUAGAGCCUGCCCUUGCGGUCAUAUCUGCAAAUGUCUGUGUACACCUUAAGAAGAAAUAAGUUGAUCGAUCAAUCUGAUUGGCCCUGCAUAUAAUUACAUUUAAUAAAUUUACAUACGGGAAAUUCAUUAAUUAUAUUAUAAAUGUACUGGUAUUUGCAUUGAAAAAAUGACAAAAAUAUGUCCAAGAGAAUAUAAAAGCUGUGCUUCAUAACUACUGUAUUAUUUGAGUGACUAAAUAUAAAUCAGAGAGUGUUGGGUUCGAAUCAUGAUUGGGAAACAAUCACCUUUUCUUUUUUUUUAAAAUUGAUUAAAUGAGCUUUUGAAAUCCUUAAAUUGUCAUAUUUUUCAGAGAAAUGGAACACUUUUUCGUUGGGGUCAUCGGACCCUGUCGGGCAAAUUCUGGCACCAACCCUGUAUGAAAAGAUAAAUAAAUGUUGCCCAGAGAACCAUUACUCAUAAAGGUGAUAAUACAAACGGUUAUUAGAUCAUAGAUUUAGUUGCGCCAGCGGGAACAUAAUCACUGUCGGCCACAACUUGUCCAACCGAAAAAUAGAACAUUAUUCUUCAUUUUAACUUUCAGACUUGCCCAGAAUUUCCUGGAUUUGUUUGGCACCCCACCAGGGCUUAACCCAGGGAACUUGCUAGCUGCCCUUUUGACCCAGGCAGUGGGAAGGGAAGGGAAGCUGAAGUACCACCCUGCCUCCCCCCCCCCUUUCCCACAAUUAACAAGAUAUGUUCACUAUGGUUUCAGAUACUUAGAUAGCACCUCACUAACACUAUUUCCACUUGAUACAACUCAUUAGUUAGUUAAGUGUUUAGUAAACCUUUUUGGAUUAUUUUGUUAAUAUCUGAAUCUGUUUAUAAAAAUGGAAUAAAAUAAUUUUUAACUUAAUUUUUUAUUCUGUAAAUGAUGUAUGAUUUCAGUAGUGAGAAUUAAGAAGUUAUGGAACUCUUUAUUAAAUUGAUUGUAUAUUAAUGUAAAAUAUAAGACAAAUGUAACCUAUUUAACAUGUUAUCGAGAAACUUUUAAUUCGUAGCCAUGUAAUCCAGUUUCGUGCAACCGUUAUUAAAAUAAUUAAAAUAAAAGCAAUUAA